AGGCAACAUCGUACCUCUUGCUGCCUUCACUGUCCUCCUCUUGUCGCAUAUUGAUCUAGCUAACUGAUUGUUAGCUUUUGUGUCAGUAUGAUGUCUGCGAUGUGUCACUGUCCGUCCGUUGUUUCUGGCUGAAGGUAUUUGGCAUUCGGUGGCUUUAAUGUUCCGCGCAGCUAAUUUGAAAACCAUCGGCAAAGCGGGAACUAGCUGGCACUUUCGCCGGACCAUGGAUGAACUGGUCCAUGAUCUGGUGUCAGCACUGGAGGAGAGCUCAGAGCAAGCUGCCCGUGGUGGCUUCGGCGACGGAGGAGACCACGCACUGGCGGUGGGCUGCCUGCUGAAGAGGCAGGCUCGCAAACGGAGGGGCAGAAAGCGACGCUCUGACAACCCGCAUCCGCCAUGGGAGACCGGCCACCUUAGUGAGGGUUCAGAGUCCAGUGUGGAGGAGCACAAGGACUACCGCGCCAGUGCAGGAGGUGUCUCUGCUACCAACAGCCAUGCCCGCGACAACAGCGACUCAGACGAACAGCUCGGCCCUAAAAGACGCCCCCCCCACGCAGCUGACCUGGGACGGAGCAAGCGGCCGCUUUGGCCCGAUGACCUGGCAGUCCUGGGUUCAGCCGAGGGAACCCGGAGCCUCAGACGGCGGCGUAAGGUCAAACGCAUGGCCGUGGACCCGCCGGUAGAGCCCGAGCCACCUUCCUCCAUCAUGCUGGGGCCCCCGGCCGUCCCCAAAGCUCGUGUCGGUGGCAGGCCACAUAGACUGGGCACCUGUGAGGGCAGGGGUGCCAUGGAGAUAUGCGGAGGGGACCUGAUGGGGUCAGAGGGAAUGAAGAACCGUGUGAAGAAGAGGAAGCUGACGACUCACAGACUGGGAAUGGAGGCAGCUGAUGAAGGGGUGGUGGUUGAGAGUGAAGACCCCAUCUCUUCCCCAGUGGAAAGCUCCAAGGACAAGAUGGAGCUGGAGGAGCAAAAGGGCUCAGAUGAGGAGAUGAGUGACAGGUGUGAGACGAGCAGUGUCAGCAACAGCAGUGACGGGGGACUUUAUACCAAUGAUGAGGGAAGACAAGGUGAUGAUGAACAAAGUGACUGGUUCUACGAGGGGGAGCCGGGGUCCGGUUCUGGUCCUGGCGGUGCUUGCGGGAUAGCAGGGGUGGUACCGUGGUGGGAGAGGGAGACGGCCUCAGAGGAGCUGGACCUCGCUGACCCUGUCUUCAACAGUAUUCUCACAGGAUCCUUUCCGCUCUUGAGCCCGAGUGCACAGAGAGGAUUUCAGGCCAGGUUGAGUCGUCUUCAUGGGAACCAGCAGGGGUCUGAGGUGGGGCUGCAGGGAAGCUCCAGUCAGGGCUUUAACGAGAGGCUUGGCAGGCAAGCACAGGACUCCCACGAGCCUUGGUUUAGCCCAGGAUCCAGGAGAGACCACGGACAGUUGCACUGGGACCCACGGACAGACAGAGGGCAUCGGAGGAGCUGCUCUGUGAAAACAGCCAGCAGACAGACCAGCGGACAUCUUGGAUCUCUUUGCACAGGGGAUGUCAAGCGGAGGCGGAAGGCUGCCCCCCUUAGUUCCACUGCACCCUCAGGUGUGGUCGGGGAGAACGCGCCCCCCAUCCCUGACACAAACAUGGGAAACCGCAUGUUACAGGGCAUGGGCUGGAGUCCGGGGAUGGGCCUCGGCCCGGAGGGAAGGGGCAUCACCGAGCCCGUCCGGGCCACUCAGAGACCCAAAGGGGCAGGUUUAGGUUUCAAUUGAACACCUGAUUUCUGGAUUUUGAACACCUACGACGGGGUGAAACAUGGUACCCCGGAAAGGAGGGAGAAAAAAAAGAGGCCUAGAUUAAUCCAGGCUUGUGAGCAAUGAGAGGAGGAAAAACAAAGCUCGAUAUACCAAGAGCAUCGCCAAUUAAACAAAAGCGUUCCCAUAUUGGGGAGGCUGCAGUAAGCCUGGGACAUCCACAAAGACUUCUGUCAAAGUGACCGACAGACACUGAGCUGGAUGAGGACGCAUGAACUCCAUGUUGGAGAAAGCAAGUGAAACUGAUGCUCCAUCACGUUACCUCAGAUGCCAAUGUUACAGGCCAGAGAAUGUGGUACCUAGCCUCUAGUAAAAUGAGCAGCACAGAGAUGACUUGCGGUUUGAUAACGGUCAAAGGUAUUGGUUAGAAAAUGAAUGAGAAAUGGUUCUGUCCCGACAUUGCACAACAGUUUUGGCAUCAAAGGUUUGCAUAGGCUUUACCUCAAGAAGAAAUUUUCUGGGUUCCCCCGGGUAGAUGUGAGUGGGGAUACCUGGAUGUAUUGUGUUUUAUACGUCAUUUAUUGGAAGCAGUCAUUUUGUUAGAAUGUCUUUAUUUCUGCACAAACACAAAAAACAAACAAAACUAGCUUCUGUUUAAUUUAGCAGCAUGCAUGGAUGUGCAGCUGAAGCUGCUGCAUGUUUCUGCUGAUGUUCAAAGAAAAACAAGAAUUUGUGAACAUUUUUAAGUCUUUUUGUUUUCCUGUCCUGUUUUACCAAGUGAGUUUUUUUAGAAGACAUCUCUGCAGGCCUGUAACAUUUAGCCAGAUGUAACCAUGUUAAGUGACCAUACAGUCAGUACUAUAGUGACGGGUUGCCAGCCUGCAGCUGUAUCCACGCAGGUCUGGGGGGAAAAAUGAGGAAAUUUGCCGCCACUUAAAGGGCUCCCACGGCUUUGAUUAAUGGGUGGUUUGGUUCAUUCCCUCCCUGGGACAUUGUUUUCCUAAUGGUGGACAAGUAGAGACUGUGACUAACAAACUAAAACAUGUGUGACACAUCAAACUAAAGAUGCAUCAAGUAGAUUUUUUUAUUUCUUUGUUUUUUUUUUUUUUUGCUUUUCUCCUUAAAUCGAUGUUAUGAGACUUGAAUGAGUACAGCUUUGUCAGUAAAUUGUCAGCCAUUGAUUAUUACUGCAAGGGUACACUUGAGUGAUGUACUGUAACAAUAUUGUUUCCCUCGCAAUUAGUUUGUGUUUGUUUUUUAACCCCUGAAAGCCAUGUGUAAUUUAAUGAAAUGUUAGCUGAAGUUUAACUGAAAUAACUUCUAUUAAAAGGAGUCAUUACGAUAUGGUUUUACCGCCCUUUCAGGUAAAUUCUUCUUUCCUGGUUCAUAUA